ACCAAGACAUCCAGUUAUGAGUCAUCGAUCUCGAGCCUCCAGAGUGCAACAGCAUGUGCACUGUAAUACCUGCUACAGCCGACGUUGCAGGACCCGGGUGGAGGUCUCUGUAUGCUGUGUGCUCACCUCCUGCCGACUGCUCUGUGGAGCUGUAUUCCACCUCUGCAAAGAGGAGGAUCACCUGCUGCUCUGCCCUAAUGUAAGGGUGCCCUGCCUCAAUGCUGCCUUUGGCUGCACUCUCCAGAUGCCCCGCUCUUUACAAGCAGCUCACCUCCAGGUGUGCCCAGCUAGCGUGGUGUGUUGCACCAUGGAGUGGCUUCGCUGGCCGACUGAUGACACAAACCCACACAGCUUUAAUGCCCUGCAGGACAAUGUGUUGAAGGACAGUGAAGCACAGGUGGAUGCUCUAGAUGUUGCCAUGGCUAUGGUUGAUCAGUCAGACCUGUUCAAUCGCCUCAAAAUGAAACCCCUCUAUCCAGAGCUGAUGGAUCCAGAAGAAGAACCGGAAAUAAAGGAAGAGGUGAAAGAGGAGGCAGCAGUUGGAGGCUUUGUUGAAAAUCUUCCACAAAAAGAUGUCAGUGAAAGUCUUUCUGACAACAGCACAUGCACAAACAAUGUUGUGGAAGAAGCUCCACAAAGCAGUGUGGGACAAAGAUUAGUCAUCAACAAAGAAAAAUAUAACCUGUUUGAGAUGAUGUUCAACAUGGACAGAGGUGGCUGUGAGGUUGCUCAGGAAAGACUAGAAAAUCCAACAAAAAAGCAAGAGUCCAAGACCCAGGGUGUGAGGGAUGCAAAAGAGGAUGAGAGCGAAGCGAACACAUCUGCAGUCCACAAAAAACCAGAGAAAGAGAGUUCUGCUGUGGACAAAAACUGCCCUCCAGCUGACACAAGUAAGACCGGGCUGGCUCCCUGGCAGGAAGGGGUUCUGGAGCGUUUGUGUCAGGAGCUCACCCCACAGGAGUACAACAUGUACGUAGUGCAUCAUGGGCGCAUGCUGCUCGCCUUUGGGCAAAUCGAAGCUUGUACACCAAGGGAGAAAGACUUUGUCUACGGCAACUUGGAGCCUAUUCCUGUCCAGACACUACGCUCUUUCAAGGUCCCUGACAGCUAUCACUACAGACGGCGGGUUCAUCAGUACGACCAGGCUGCACGAGUACAGAGUGAACGCAGAGGUGUCGACACAUCAGACCUCGGAGUCAGUGAAGAUAACUGGUUCACCGAUGAAGCAGCAGCCACCCUGCUGGGCUAUGCUGAACAGGCAGUCAUGGGUCACAAGAUCAGUGAGUCAAAAGGGGCUGAUGGGCUCUAUGUUGACAUAGGAACGCAGACAUACUCUUUCCGCUCAGCUCCAUUUAAACGAAAGACCACUUUGGCAGAAGUGAUGACAGACAGACCAAGGAAACUUCAUCUGCAGCUGCAGGCAGAGAGCGUGAGCAGCAGACACCACAGAGCCAGCUGUGCGUUCACCUUCCUCUGUGGUCACACCUUCCACCGCAGGGAGUUUGCCACACACUUCAGAAACGUGCACAGCGACAUUCAGACCUGUCUUAGUGGAUGGUUUGAAGAGAGAUGCCCCUUGGCAUAUCUGGGAUGCACCUACAGCCAGAGGAGGUUUCAGCCAUCCACACACAAAGCCACCGUUACCUACAAUCAGCAGCUGAGAAGUUUCAAUUUGCGCCCGACCGUUCUACCUUCACAAGAUAACAAAUCCUCCAGCAGCACUGUGGACUCCUCCACUGCUCAGAGUAGUAGUAGUGGCUUUAAUGGGGCUGAGGACUCUUUAAGUGUGCUGCCCUAUGAGGUGCUGUGCCACAUGGCCAGCUUCCUGGACAGUCUGUCCCUGUCCCAGCUGGCUCUGGUGUCCAGGCUCAUGAGGCAGGUGUGCUCCUCUUUGCUGCAGGAGAGAGGGAUGAUCACCCUGCGCUGGGAAAAGCAGACUUCCACACAUGGACGAGCCAAGUGGACAGCUAAGCCUGUUUGGGAGUUCAGUCAUCUGUUCUCCUCAGUGGAUUCGUGGCAUAUGGCAGAUAUCCCUCCUAUUUCUGCUCAUUUAAAAGUCUGUCCAUAUUACCAGACCUCUGUGCACAGUGAGCCAGUUCCCCUGCUCAACAUGAGUGAGAAAAAGAAACAGAAUCAGAGCAGCAGCCAGAAGAAUCCAAGCCUUGUUAAUCAUUUCACUGGAAAUGCAUGGCAAAAUAAAAAUAAAUGAAUAAAUAAAAAAAGAAAAUACUGCAAAUACUGUAUAAAGAUCAUUUACUCAAAUCUUUAUGUCACAAAUCAUUAGACAUAAUUAAUGCAGUCUACCCAAACUUUGUGGCUGAAUGAGUACAGUCGUCAGUCUUUUACUGCAACAUGUCUGGUAUUUUUUCAUCUUUUUCUUCAUUAAUAAUGAUAGUAACAUACAUUGUUAAUGAGAAAGUAUUCAGGGAUCUGAUAAAAGUGUUGGGAUGCAACAACAUGAGUUAAGUUUCAUAGAGCUGAAAUUAAUAAA